GCGGCAUUCACCGAGCGGCGCGGCGGUGAUGGGCUUUUCCUCUUCCUGUCGAGGUCGCCAUCCCGAGCGGGUGGCGCCGAGCAGCUGCGACCAUGGCCUGCGCUCGCCCAUUGAUAACAGUGUACAGUGACAAAGGAGAAAGAUCUGGCAAGAAUCUGGUUAUGCCUGCUGUUUUCAAGGCUCCCAUCCGCCCAGAUGUUGUGAACUUUGUUCACACAAACUUGCGCAAAAACAACAGACAGCCAUAUGCUGUGAGUGCAGAUGCAGGUCACCAGACCAGUGCCGAGUCGUGGGGUACAGGCAGGGCUGUGGCUCGUAUACCCCGUGUUCGAGGUGGUGGUACCCAUCGCUCUGGCCAAGGUGCUUUUGGAAACAUGUGCCGUGGUGGCCGCAUGUUUGCUCCCACAAAGACAUGGCGACGUUGGCACCGCCGAGUGAAUAUAAACCAGAAACGAUACGCCAUUUGUUCUUCUCUAGCAGCAUCUGCCCUCCCUGCUCUGGUGAUGUCAAAAGGUCAUCGUAUUGAGGAAGUGCCAGAGCUCCCACUUGUGGUUGAAGACAAGAUUGAGAGCUACAAAAAGACAAAGGAGGCUGUUCUGAUGCUAAAGAAGCUGAAGGCCUGGAAUGAUAUCAAAAAGGUUUAUGCUUCCCAGCGUAUGCGUGCCGGCAAGGGUAAAAUGAGGAACCGUCGCCGUAUCCGGCGCAGAGGCCCAUGCAUUAUCUACAAUGAGGACAAUGGUGUUGUAAGGGCUUUCCGGAAUAUCCCAGGUAUAACUCUUCUCAAUGUCAACAAGCUAAAUGUCCUGAGACUUGCUCCUGGUGGCCAUGUUGGGCGAUUCUGUAUCUGGACUGAGAGUGCCUUCCGCAAGUUGGAUGAGUUGUAUGGAACAUGGCGCAAACCUUCGAAGUUGAAGGCUGGAUACAACCUUCCCAUUCACAAGAUGGCUAACACAGAUCUGAGCCGCAUUCUGAAGAGUCAGGAAAUCCAGAAAGCUCUCCGUCCUCCAAACAAAAAGAUUCAUCGCCGAGUAUUGAAGAAGAACCCACUGAAGAAUCUGAGGAUCAUGAUGAAACUGAACCCUUAUGCCAAAACUGCACGUCGCCGUGCAAUUCUCCUGCAGGAAAAGAAUCACAAACUCAAGCUGGAGAAGAAGCAAAAGGCAGCUGCAUAAAUGUACUGGUUUCCCACAUUGUAUGGUUUCUAUCAAAAUAAACCUAUUUAAAAAUGUA